AUGGACAAAUUGCCAAUUGGAUAUAUUAAAGGAAAGGGAAAUGUAUUCAUUUAUUCUUACAUCCUUAUAGCCUUUAGAUAAGAAGGUCCCAAGAAAUAAAAAAUAUGAUUAUGUUAAAUAAACUCUCAACACUGGACCAACUAUUAGAGAUAUUGAAGUUAUCAGCAAUGCAACAAUAGCAAAAAAGAGAUCUGAGAUUUUUAAAAGAAUUAAAUGUUCCACAAUAUUCAAGCUUAUUAGUGUAAUUAAUACUUAAUUUCUAGGAAGAACCUGCAUAAGAAUCAAUACAUAAUAUAAUAGAUCAAUAAGAAUAAGAUCAAUUGAAAUAAUUUGAUGCUUAAAGUCAAUAUAGUUAGAAAACAAGAUUCACUGAAGUCUCAUAGGUUUCUGCAAUUACUUAUGCAACCGAAUAACUUGGUCUCACUGAUUAAUCUGAAUUUCUUCUUAUUGAUUUAAGAGAUCAAGAUGAAUUCUAAAUGUAUCACAUUAAAGAAGCCAUCAAUUUCCCUGCUCCAUUACUCCGAUAAGAUAAGUUAACUCAAUAAAUAUUUAGAUUUGUAAGUUUCUUAUGAUAACACUAUUAAUAGAAAAAUCAAGUAGGCAAACUAAUCAUAAUUUAUCAUUUUGAUGAAAAAAAUGGUAUACCUUCUGCCACACUCUUUGCUGAAAAAGGUUUUGAGAAUGUUUAUCUUCUAAGUGGAGGAAUAGAAAAGUUUCUAUAAAAUUAUCCUGAAGCUGUAAUUGGAACAAAAGUACCUACUUUUCAAAAACCAGAAUGUAUUCAUUUAAUAUAAAAUAUAUGCAGAAAACCCAAAUAAAAUUAUAAAGAGAUCAAAUUAUAAAGAAAGUGAAUCUUAAAUAAAUAAAUCAGAAAAAGCUAUUAGUGACACAAAAUCAUAAAUUAGUUAAAAAUCUAAAAUUACUCGAUAAUCAAGUACUUAAAAAUAGCAAUAAUAAUAAUAGCAUUCAUAAUUCAUGGAUAAAUGAUUUUAUUAAUAAAUUAAUUAUGUUGUAAUUAUAGAUUCGAAUUCUUAAUCAGAUUUAAAACUUCAUUCUAUUGAUAUUCACACUAAUUAUCGACUACCUAUCAAAAUAAACCCUAUAAGAGUGCAAUACUUAGAAUUUUUAGAUAGAAGAAGUUUGGAUGAAAAAUUGAAUCAACCAUUUUGUUUAGAAAAAUAUGCUAAAAUUAACAAUUAUUUUUAUGAAACUAGUAAUGAAUUGUAUGAUUAAAAGUGGAUUAAGAUGCAGAAAACUAUAGAAAAGGACUUAACUUAUGGAAAGAUAAGUAAAUAAAAAACCAACAUUAAGAUAUUUCAAUCUAGAAAACUCAAGAAUUUGUUAAGAUGA